AUGAAGCAAUUUGGCAUCGGAGACGUCGGCAUGGGCGCUCUGUACCUCGCAUCAAAGCUAGAAGAGUGCCCCAUCCGUAUGCGCGACCUUAUCAACGUCUACGACCUACUCCUCCAGCGUGGCGUGCACACACUCGCGUCUGCGCCCACAACGGGGCCGGCGGUACAUCAUCACUCCGACUUCAAGUACCCGCCGAUGUCGUACUUCGGCAGCACGUUCUACGACCUCAAGGAGGCGCUCGUUGUCGCGGAGAUGCAGAUCCUGAAGCGCCUCGGCUUCAACGUGAACGUCGUGCUUCCGUACGGCACACUCAUCAACUACCUGCGGGUGCUGGGUUUGACGAGCCGGGAGGACGUGUGCUCGCGGGCGUGGGGGUAUCUCAACGACGCGUUGCAGACCCCCGUGUACGCGCUAUACGCGGUACCAACAAUCCUCAGCGCAGCGAUCCUGCUGACGACGCGACACCUGGGUAUCUCACUGCCGUCGUCGCCCACUAGCCGUUGGUGGGAGCUCUUCGACGCCGAGUGGGAGGAUGUGUGGAGCGUGUGCGGGUACAUUAUGAGGCUGUACCGGGAACGGAGUGCGGAGGAUCAGACACGAGUCAUGCGCAUGGUAUCGAAGAAGGGUGUCCGCCAGUGGUUGGAAGAAAAUCAACCCAGUGGUAAUCAUAGCUGA